AUGGACGCAAUUCUUGAUUUCAGUCAAGAUCUCGACGUUGGAUUACUAGAUCGUAUAGUUGCUGCAUUCUUUGCCGGUGCUGGGCAGGAACAACAAAUGGCACAGCGCGUUUUGACGCAAUUCCAAGAACACCCAGAUUCGUGGCAAAGAGUACCAGCUAUUCUCGAAAUGAGUCCGAAUCCACAGACUAAAUACAUUGGCUUACAAAUCUUGGAGAAACUCAUACAAACGAAAUGGAAAGUAUUGCCAGUCGACCAACAACAAGGUAUCCGCAACUUUAUUGUCAACGCCGUCAUCAAAACAUCUGAGGACGAGGCUGUUAUGCGCAGGGAGAAGACCUAUCUCAACAAAUUGAACCUGAUUUUAGUACAGAUCCUCAAACAAGCUUGGCCUAGGGAUUGGCCGUCAUUCAUACCUGAAAUCGUUACCUCCUCAAAAACCAACCUUAGUCUCUGCGAGAACAACAUGAUUAUCCUUAAGCUUCUUUCUGAAGAGAUCUUCGAUUAUUCCGCUGAGCAAAUGACCCAGGCUAAGACAAAGGCUCUCAAAAAUUCAAUGUGUGGAGAGUUCUCCGAAAUCUUCCAACUCUGCUCGGAAGUUCUCGAGAAGGCAGUCAAGCCAUCACUUAUUAAGGCAACACUCGAUACUCUCUUGAAGUUCCUCAACUGGAUCCCGUUGGGCUACAUCUUUGAGACUAACAUCAUUGAUAUGCUUAUCUCUAGAUUCCUUGAGGUCCCAGAAUUCAGAAAUGUUACUCUUAAAUGUCUUGCGGAAAUCAGCUCUCUCAAGGUAACUCCAGAAUAUGACGCAAAGUUCGUCUUACUUUUUAACAUGGUAAUGACAAUUGUCAACAAAAUGAUUCCACCAUCAACAGAUAUUGCAGGCGCGUAUGAGUCUUCUAAUGAUUCCGACCAAGAGCUUAUCCUCAACUUGGCCCUUUUCCUCACCAACUUCCUUGGAUCUCAUCUCUCUUUGGUCGAAACUCCAGAGAACAAAGACGUACUCCUGAAUGCUCACCUCUAUCUCGUUAAAAUAUCCCAAGUUCCAGAACGUGAAAUUUUCAAAAUUUGUCUAGAGUACUGGUCAGUUUUGGUCGCUGAACUUUACGAUGAAGUGCAGCACACCCCAAUGGCUGAAAUGAACCCACUUCUUGGUCUAAACAUGAACGUCGCAGGUGCAUCCGGUGGUCAAAACCUUCGCAAGAACAUCUACAAUGAGGUUCUUUCCAACUUGCGUUUAGUUAUGAUUGAAAGGAUGGUCAAACCAGAAGAAGUCCUCAUUGUUGAGAAUGACGAAGGUGAAAUCGUCAGAGAAUUCCUCAAAGAAUCUGAUACCAUUGUCCUUUACAAGGAUAUGAGGGGUGUACUCGUUUACUUGACUCACUUGGAUGUCUACGAUACCGAAACAAUUAUGACUGAAAAGCUUGCCAAGCAGGUCGAUGGCUCCGAAUGGUCUUGGUCUAAUUUGAACACUCUUUGUUGGGCAAUUGGUAGUAUUUCAGGUGCCAUGAACGAAGACACAGAGAAGAGAUUCCUUGUUACUGUUAUCAAGGAUCUCCUCGGAUUGUGUGAAAUCAAACGUGGCAAAGACAACAAAGCGGUCGUUGCAUCAGAUAUCAUGUACAUCGUCGGUCAAUAUCCACGUUUCCUCAAGGCGCACUGGAAAUUCUUGAAGACGGUCGUCAACAAAUUAUUCGAAUUCAUGCACGAGACCCACGAAGGUGUCCAAGAUAUGGCUUGUGAUACGUUCAUUAAGAUUGCUCAAAAAUGUAGAAGACACUUCGUUAUGCAACAAUCAGCCGAGCAAGAACCAUUCAUUGACGAAAUUCUCCGCAAUUUGCAUCGUAUUACUAUCGAUUUGGCACCACAACAGGUUCAUACAUUCUACGAAGCUGUCGGUUCGAUGAUUGCAGUACAACCAAACAAACCAGUACAGGAGAACCUUAUUGCGAAACUCAUGGACUUGCCAAACAAUGCUUGGGAUACUCUUAUGCAGCAAGCUGCCAGCAACGUUGACGUACUUUCCGUACCUGAAAACAUCAAAAUCCUUUCAAACGUCUUGAAGACUAACGUUUCUGCGUGCUCCUCCAUCGGUAGCUUCUACCUCCCACAAAUUGGUAGAAUUUACAUGGAUAUGCUUGGUCUUUAUAAGGCUGUCAGUGGUGUAAUCAGUGAAACUGUUGCUGCUGAAGGUAACAUCGCAACAAGGACACCAAAGGUUAGAGGUUUGAGAACCAUCAAAAAGGAAGUACUUAGAUUAGUUGAAACCUACAUCAAAAAGGCAGAAGAUUUAGAGACUGUCAAUGCCAACUUCAUUCCACCACUAUUUGAGGCUAUUUUGUUAGAUUACAAUCGCAACGUUCCUUCAGCAAGAGAUGCUGAAGUUCUCAAUGUCACCGCCACAAUCGUCAACAAGCUUGGACCAUUGCUCACAGAACAAAUUCCACCAAUCCUUGACGCCAUCUUUGAGUGCACUCUCAGUAUGAUUAACCAGGACUUUGCGGAAUUCCCGGAGCAUCGCGUUGGCUUUUUCAAAUUAUUGCGGGCAAUCAACUACCACUGUUUCCCAGCUCUUUUGCAACUCCCACCAUCACAGUUCAAGCUCACAAUGGACUCCGUUGUCUGGGCCAUAAAACACACUAUGCGUGAUAUUGCCGACACUGGUCUUAAUUUGGCUCUCGAGGUUAUUGACAACAUAGUAAAAACAGACACAUCAGUCGCUAACGCCUUCUUCCAAACUUACUACUUGAGUUUAUUGCAAGAUUCAUUCUACGUUCUCACCGACUCAGAUCACAAGAGUGGUUUCAAAUUGCAGUCAGUUUUGUUGGCGAGGUUAUACGCAUUAGUUAGCAAAGUCGGUAUCUCAGCACCACUUUAUGAUCCAGCCCAGGUUGAUCCUUCCACAAGUAAUGUCAUCUUUGUUAGAGACUACACCGCCAACCUCCUUGCGAACGCUUUCCCACAUUUACAACCUGUACAGAUCCAAUCAUUCGUAACCGGAUUAUUCGAAUUGCAUGAAGAUCCUGCAAGAUUCAAAUUACAUUUGAGAGACUUCUUGAUUCAAUUGAAGGAGUUACAAGGUGAUCAUGCAGGUGCACCAGCAAUCGAGCAGGCGAACGCACCGGGUGCUGCUGCUAUAGAAUUCGAGCAACAAGAGGAGGAAAGAAAGCAACGUGAAGCUGCAAGAAAUGCCGUACCUGGUAUGAUCAAACCUGCUCUGCUUGAAGACGAGGAACUCUAA